AUGGCGAUUCCAUGGGGAACACUCAAGUCCCUGCUCCUCUUCUUUGGGCCGAUGCUGCUGCCGCGCGUCCUCGGCAUGUACCGCAAGCUCAAGGCCGAGGCAGGCGUGCGUGCGCAGCAGAGCCAGCAGGGCGGCGCGGCAGCAGCAGUCGUCCGGCCGCUGGCGUUCCGCUCGGUUCUCGUUCUCAGCCUCCUGGCCGCGGCCGCCCUGGCCUGGCUGCUGUCGGGUGGCCUUGUCCUGCCCGCCUCGGCCAGCCACGCCCUGCGUCUGCCGUCGGCGCUGCGCAUGCCGGAGAAUGUCUUUGCCGCGACCGAGUCCCGCCUGCAGGCACCCACCGACGUCCUAUUCACGCGCCUGGCGUCCAACCGCCCCAACCACACGCUGACGGCCGCGGACGAGGCUCUGCGUCUGCGGCUCGUCAGCCUCGAGUCGCGCCUGCUGUACCUCCAAUACGGCCCCGAUGCGCUCGUCAACUGCCCCUUUUGUGGCGGCACCGGCGUCGAUGCCGCCAGCCGGUUCAGUGCCAUGCACUACCUGUACUAUGCCAUGGCGGACCUCGUGGCCGCCCACCUUGCCAACCUCGUCCUGAUUGCUCUCGUCACGUCGCCGCUUCUCCUCCUGGGCCGUCGUGGCAAGUCGUCCGGCCACGGCGCGUCCGCCGGCGCCGGGGCCGGGGCCGCAUCCGUCUAUGCCGACUUUGACGCCCACGGCGAGUCCGCCGCCGACCACGCCUAUGACGUCGCCGCCACGCACAUUCGGCGCUGGCGCACCCCGGCGUCCCUCGUCGCCCUGUGCUUUGCCGCGCUCGACCUGUAUCUCGUGGCCUCGUACAACGGGCAGCGCAACGCGCGCGCCACGCGCCUGGCUGAGCUCGACUUCUUUUACUGGUCCAUGCGCACGUAUCGCGCCGUCGCCUGCGGCGGCCUCCUCGCCGCCCUCGCCGCCGUUCUGUACCUGGCCGCCUCGGGCCGGCACAGCUCGCCGCGCUUGGGCCUGCUCGGGGUCGUGCUGUUCGGCGCGCUGCCGCCGCCCUCGCCGGCCCACCGCGUCACGGCUGUCACGCGCGGCCUGGCGGGCGUCAAGAGCAAACUGAGCGCCGGCGCGAUUGUCAAGAACACGGCGCUGCGCGACACAGACCUGCGGGCGCGCACGCAGGCGUACUGGGCGCGAGAGGUGAUGCUGGUGGCGGAGGCGAUGGAGGAGCGCGACGUGAUUGAGGGCGUCAACGACGCGCUGCAGAACCGCAUCGACAUCCAACGCAUCGCGCGGGAUGCGGAGCAGUAUGCGCAAAAUGUGAUACCGUCGUCGGCACCGUCGUCGUCGGCGGGUCGAAGUAGCAGCCACGGCAGCAGCCAAACGACUCCCGUGCAGCCGCAGCCACAGGUUGUCGUGUCACGGUCGACGACGCCCGUGGCAGCUGGCAACAAGCCCACGAAGAGGAAGUGA